AUUCUCACCAAUUAGAGAGAGAGAGAGAGAGAGAAACAAACAAAAAAGAAGAAAAAAAAUGAGUUUCUCAAUUUGUAAGCAAAGUUUGGUUCUUGUUUUGGUAGUUUUUCCAUUAGUAUUGAAACUGAGCGGUAGCCAUGCAGCCAUAACUCCCAUGAGCAGCACAGAGUUCAUCAAAAGCUCAUGCAGCUCCACAACUUACCCUCGCCUCUGCUUCUCCUCCCUCUCCGUCCAUGCCAGCUCCAUCCAAACAAGCCCUCGCCUUCUCGCCACCGCCGCCCUUUCCGUCUCUCUCUCCUCCGUCAAGUCCGCCGCCGCCCAGAUCCUCAAACUCUCCCACGCCCAUGGCGUCCCCUCGAGAGACGUCUCCGCGCUAAAGGACUGUUUGGAAGAGCUCAGUGACUCGGUGGAUUCGCUCUCAAGCUCCAUCCCUGAGAUGGGGAAGCUUAGAGGCCCAGAUUUUGAGCUGGUCAUGAGUAAUAUCCAAACGUGGGUCAGCGCCGCCCUCACCGACGAGACGACGUGCAGCGAUGGAUUUCAAGGGAAGGCCGUGAACGGUGGCGUUAAGGCCACCGUCAGGUCUAGGAUCGUCAACAUUGCGCAGCUAACUAGUAAUGCUCUCUCUUUGAUCAACCGCAUCGCUGAUCUCCAUUAAAUUCAAGUUCUGUUCGAGAAAUUAUUUGGAGGACGGUUGGUUAAAAACUAUAUUUCAAAUCUAUGGUUAUUAAGAGGGGAGAACUACAUUGUGAUAGUUCUAUUGAAUGAUUUUUUAGGUGGUUUCGAUGGAAUGGGUGAGGUUUGAAAUCAUAAGUAUAGAUGUGAAAGGCAAAAUCCGCCAAAAUAGUAGUAGCUUAAUUAGGGUUAUUUGUGUGGAGCUUUAGGUYUUUUCUUCAUAAUUAGCAUGCAGCUUGUAUGAUUGGCUUUUGAAUUUAUUUAAAGUUAACUAGAGUCUGUGUGGACAUCUUCUAGAGAGUAA